AUGCCAAAGUUACAAAAAUUGGGAAGAAACUGUGAAAAAAGGCUGGCAAAUAUGGAUCAGCAAUCAAAGAUAUGCAGCACAGUUCACGAAAAACUAUUCAGUAAAUUAGAACACAUUAAAAACAUUGCUAAGCAGAAAAAAGCAAUAAUGACAAGAGAGAGCAAGAAAAGAGGUGAAAGAACGAAUAAGAAAGUAUAGGGAAGCACUAAAAGGUAAUCCAGAAAGGUAUGAAGAGGUUAAAAGGCUGGAGAUAAAGAUAUCAAAGAAGGAAGGAACAGGGAACAAUAAAAUCGAUCACUGAUCUGACCCCUUGGCAGCACAGAAAGUUACGAAAAGACUGGAGAGCUAGAAGUAAAAAAAGUAACGACAAGAAACGUGAGGUACAGGAACCCGUGCAGGAACCUGUGGAGAGUUUGGAAACUCGAUGCGUGAAAAUUUUGUGCAAACCCCUACGCAAAAAUAUAUUUCAGAGACGCCAAUAUCAGGGAUAUACACAGCGGGUAAAAAAGAUCAAGAAGAAACAGAAGAAAGGUGAGAUUAGAGAUUCAAAAACUAAAGAAAGAAGAAAAAAGCUAAGAAAGAAAAAUACAAGAGGCUUUAUAAAAAUCGAAACCC